AGGCGCCGCGGAGCAGGUGGGCUCGUGAGAUUCUGGAGGUCUCUGGAGGAGCCCUGAGGCGUUACAGAGAGGGUGGGAAAAUAGCUGCGUUGGCCAUUUCAAAGGAUGAGGAGGUUUGGGGUCAACUCUAAGCUGAUUUCUGAAUACUUUGGAGUCCGUUGUGAGAAUUGAGAAAUGGCAAAAAGUCUCUUGGCUUCAUCUCUGUCUGUAAGAACAAAAAUCUUACAAACAGGAGUGUCACUUUAUAAUACGACUCAUGGCUUCCAUGAGGAAGAAGUGAAGAAGAUACUCGAGCAGUUUCCUGGUGGAUCCAUUGACCUACAGAAGAAGCAGAAUGGCAUUGGCAUUCUGACGCUUAACAACUCAAAUAAAAUGAAUGCUUUCUCAGGUGCCAUGAUGCUACAACUUUUGGAAAGGGUAAUUGAAUUAGAAAAUUGGACAGAAGGAAAAGGCCUCAUUGUCCAUGGGGCGAAAAAUACUUUUUGCUCAGGAUCUGAUCUGAAUGCGGUGAAGGCACUCUCCACUCCAGAGAAUGGAGUGGCCCUGUCUAUGUUCAUGCAAAACACCUUAACAAGAUUUAUGAGACUACCAUUAAUAAGCGUUGCUCUGGUUCAAGGCUGGGCAAUGGGUGGAGGAGCAGAACUUACUACAGCAUGUGAUUUCAGGUUGAUGACUGAGGAAAGUGUGAUCAGAUUUGUCCACAAGGAUAUGGGUAUAGUUCCAAGCUGGGGUGGUGCCAGCCGGCUGGUUGAAAUCAUUGGCAGCAGACAAGCUCUCAAAGUGUUAAGUGGGACAUUCAAACUGGAUUCCAAGGAAGCUUUAAGAAUAGGUUUGGCUGAUGAGGUCUUGCAGCCCUCAGAUGAAGCUACGGCUCUGGAACAGGCACAAGAGUGGCUGGAGCAGUUUGUCAGUGGACCUGCACAAGUCAUAAGGGGUUUGAAAAAAUCUGUCUGCUCUGGCCGGGAACUGUAUCUAGAGGAGGCGUUACAGAACGAAAGAGAUGUUUUAGAAACACUGUGGGGUGGACCUGCAAAUUUAGAGGCUAUUGCUAAGAAAGGAAAACACACUAAAUAGUGUUUAAAAUGUGAGUGUACUCCAAGUGAAGCUGCAGGGAGAGCGUGCGUGGAGGUGAGAUGGUAUUAGAAAGGAGCGGGCGGAAGUCAUUCGAAGGGGACUGCUAAUCUGCUUACUUGGUUUGGGUGGCGUUCUCUGUAUUUGAUUCAGUGCUCUUUUCUGUGUUGUUUAACAUUUAACACUUCUGCCAACUUCUACAUUCCUGUAGUAAUUCUUAUCCUGAGCUUAUGUUUUAUAACAUACUUAUCAAUUUAACUUUCAGAGAGGGUCUUAAACUUGCUGUUGUAUCAAGGGUAGUCAUGACUCUCCUGCCACCACCUCCCAAACGCUCAUUAAUACUGCUGUUUGUGGCUGUUUUGUUCUUUCUUAAGUUGAAGUAAUUUACAAAAGCAAAGUCAAAAACAAAUUUAAAAGACCUUAGUAAAUCUUUCAUAUGAAGUUAAAAGGAGGGAGAGAUUAGAGAGGCAUAUAAGAAAUAUUAGGGUUUUUUGUCUGCUCUAGAUACUGAGGGGAAAUGGUUCUUCAUUUAAAGAAAAAUAAGGUGCAUCUUUGCCUCUGUUUUUGGAGCUCUUUUUGGUCUUUUCAACCAUCUGACUUCUAAUUUAAAAGACCUAAAGAGUGAAAGCCAUUCUACUGAGCACCAACUGGCUAUACAAAGUAGCAUUGUGUUGGAAUUUUCAAGGUAACAGUAAAACAGUAGUAGUGUUGAUAGGGUUUUUAAAUCUAAACUAUUAAAGAUUCAUGAAGCAUCCUUUUCAUUGUUACCAUAUUUAGUUUUGAGGAAUGUCUAACUUUAAUUUUUGUGUGACUAUGUUUUAAUAACUAAAUUCAAUAAAAACACAUAACCCAAACUUUAUGUCCAUUUCAGAAUUCACUUAUUAAAAACUGUGUAAGAAUUAACUUCUCCUAGCCAGUUUCAACAAGAGGUAAAAGUCAUGACUUUGUUGUUCUUUGUUUAACACUUCGUUAACUUGAUAAUACUAAUAAAAGAAAUUUAGAAGUA